AUGAUAGUGUUGAAGUAUAUUGGUAGCGCUGGGAAACGCUUCCACACCUUUGUUGCAAACAGAGUGUCGGAUAUAAGAGAAGUCACAGACAUGAGGCAAUGGAGAUAUGUCAUCUCAGAGCAGAACCCGGCAGAUGAUGCAGCACGAGGAUCCUGGGUCCUGGGUCCAAGAUUUAUAACACUAUCUCCCGAGCAUUGGCCAAAGGCACCGCAGGUUGACAUGGGGCUCGAGGGCGAUCCUGAAGUGAAAGGGGACGUGACUUCACUGACCUCCAUAGUAGACAGGACCAAAGAACCCUUGCAAUGCCUGUGGGAAAAGUGCUCUUCUUGGCUCCAACUUCAAAAAGGAGUAUCUUGGAUCCGGAGGAUUAUCAACGUCCUCAAAGAUAAAAUACCGACAGCAAACAUCACCAUGUUACGUGUGUCAGAGUUACGCCAAGCCAAGACAGUAAUUUUUAGAGCAAUAAAGAGAGAGCGGUGCCAAAAAGAAAUGAGGCUCAUUGCAAAGAAAAGGUUGACUCUCCAGAGUGAGCUAUAUCGUCUAGAACCAUAA